AUGAGCCUUGGGUCUUCCCACGACACUGUGUCCGACACCGAGUUUCGCUCGAGAAGCGAGGGAGAGAGGUUUUGGCGGAUCCACAUGUCAUGGAAGCUCAUCUAUGUGCUGCUUUUGCUGCAUGCACCUGCUCGACUCUGGAUUUGGUUCUUCUUUCCAGCGCUUUUCGUGCUAGUGGACCGGUUGCUCCUGGCCAACAACCAAAGCAUCUAUUUGUCCCUUCGCAGCGUGAAGCUCUUGCCGAGAGAUGUGAUUGGACUCACCUUCGAGCUGCCUCAGGGAUUUGCCUACCAGGCUGGGCAGUACAUCCUGUUGGGUUGGAAGGGCGAGUGGCAUCCCUUCACAUUGACUUCGGCGCCAGAGGAGAAUUGCAUCAGUGUACACAUUCGUUCACCCAACAGCCUCGAUUGGUGCUCCGCCUUGCGGAAGCGCCUCACCCAGGAAGCUCCGGCGCAGGCGGCGGGCGUGGACCCCUCGGAGAGCAAGGCUCCCAAGGCCCCUUUGCUAAUCGAGUACCGGAAAUGCACAGUGGCCAACAGCCCAGUCAUCUACAACAUGCCCAAGGUUGCUGCUGCUGCUGGUGCUGCUAAAGGUGACACAGAAGCAGCACUGGAUGAGAGUCAAGGCCCACGACUGUUGGGGAGAAACGUCUCAGGCAAGCAGAUGGAGCCGAUGCAGUCUGGAGAGACCAUGAUCAGUCGAGUUCAGCCUGGUAUGCUGCCUCCAGAGGCUGUUGUCUUACAGGUCACAGGCCCCUUUGGUGCGCCUGCUCAGAAAGUUUGGGGCUUCGAUACGCUGAUGGUGGUCGGAGCUGGUAUUGGCGUGACACCUUUUGCCUCCAUCUUGAAGUCAGUGCAGCUGCGUGCCAAGCAGCGUGAAACAAUCAUGAGCACUGCGACCAGGCCAUCUGCCUGGCGUAAUGCCAUUGGAGGCGAGCAAGAGGAUGCAAGAGCUGGGCUGCAGCGACUGGUGGAAGAACUCGUGGCGGUGCCCAAGAAGAUCUACUUCUACUGGAUUUGCCGCGGUCAGGAAGAGUUUGACUGGUUCUGCGAUCUCCUCUCAGAUGCCGCUGAAGGUCCAGCAGCAGGCAUCGUGGACAUCACGCUUUUCAUUACUGGGGAGAUCGAGCUGGCUCAGGUGAAAAAGCUGCCUUGUGCCAGCGGCCAAUUCUUCGGUCGACCCAACUGGGGACGCAUCUUCAAGCAGAACCGUGAGAAGCACCAGGGCGAGCACGUGGGCGUGUUCUUGUGCGGUUCCCCGGUGAUCGGGGAGGAACUCUCGCGACAGAGUGUCAAGAACUCGGAUCUGAUUGGCACCCCCGGGGGUACGCGCUUCUCCUUUUUCAAGGAGCAUUUCUGA